AUGGAGCUGAAAAUCCCUCCACCAGUAACAUCCGGCUCACUCACCUUCAAGGUGAACCGGCGAGAGCCGGAGUUAGUAUCCCCGGCAAAGCCAACACCGAGAGAGCUCAAACUCCUCUCCGACAUCGACGACCAAGAAGGACUAAGAUUCCAUAUUCCCUCUAUUUUUUUCUACAGACACAACCCCAAUGCUUACUUUGAUCCGGUCGCAGUGAUUCGGAGAGCACUGGCCGAGACGCUUGUCUACUACUACCCGUUGGCUGGUAGGCUCAAGGAAGGACUGAACCGGAAACUUGCAGUGGACUGUACUGGCGAAGGCGUAUUGUUCAUAGAGGCAGAUGCUGAUGUUACACUAGCUGAGUUUGAAGAUAAGGAUGUGCUUCGUCCUCCUUUCCCUUGCUUUGAAGAACUUCUCUUUGACUUAGAAGGUUCAAGUGAGGUGCUCAACGCACCUUUGAUUCUUAUCCAGGUCACGCGUCUGAAAUGUGGAGGGUUUAUCUUCGCCAUCCGUCUCAACCACGUAAUGGCCGACGGAGGGGGUCUCUCACUCUUCAUAAAAACGAUUGGAGAGUUCGCACGUGGAUGUCACGCUCCAACGAUCACUCCCACGUGGGAACGUCACCUUCUGAGCGCCAGAGUCCCACCACGUGUGACACAAACACACCGAGAGUACGACGAAGAGGCAGAAACCCCCACUGAAGACGUGGACACUCUGGUCAGCAAAUCCUUCUUCUUCGGCGGAGCCGAGAUGUCAGCCAUACGGAACCUCCUCCCACCGAAUAUUGCAACCAACAGUACAAGUUUGGAAACGCUCACGGCGUUCUUGUGGCGUCAUCGCUCCGCUGCUCUACGACCCGACCCGAACAAGGAGAUGCGGUUCAUGUUGAUCGUUAACAAACGUCACAGGCUCAAAAACCCAACGCUACCUCCUGGAUACUACGGAAACGCGUUUGCGUUUCCAGUAGCAAUCGCAACCGCUAGAGACCUAACGGAGAAGCCGUUAGAGUUCGCUUUGAGACUAGUGAAGGAGGCGAAAGCGAGCGUGACUGAGGAGUACAUGCGCUCGCUUGCGGAUCUGAUGGUGAUGAAAGGGAGACCAAUGUUCUGGACGGACGGAGCCUAUUUGGUAUCUGAUGUGAGAAACUUGGCGGAUAUUGAUCUCGGAGUUUGGGGUAAACCGGUCUACGGAGGUAUCGGUAAAGCUGGAGUUGUGGGUUUUCCGGGGUGUAGCUUCUUCGUUUCGGCUGAGGACAGAAACGGUGAGAGAGGGAUCCUUGUACCGGUUUGUUUGCCGGAGGAGGCUAUGCAGAGGUUUGUGGAAGAGCUUGAGGGUGUGUUUAACGGUCAAUCUGUUGUGUCCGAUAUUGGUGGAAACAAAAUCAAUCGUAAACUGGUAAUGUCUUGUCUGUAAUAUAGCAAUGAUGAUAAACUAUAUAGUUAAUUGAAUACUAUAUGAAAUGUAUUGCACAUGUCUUUUGCUUAAAUUUUUUUUGCCUGGGUCCAAAUAAAUGUUGAGCCGGC